AUGUGCCUCGGAAUUAGCACUAUUAUCAGGGCUUGGAGGGAACGGGGCCUUGACAAGAACGAGGACAUCAAAGAAAAUCAGGAUCUAUAUGAUUUGGGCAAGAAGAUCGUCAGUAGAGAACCAAGCGCAGCGGAGGAAAUGCGCAUGACAUGCGUACCCGACUCAGGAUCUGGAAACAUAGACGGAGACACAGGCGAUGAAGGCCUCGUGGACACGGACUGGGAAACGAUCACCAGUGAUUCUGACACCGGCGACGGGGCUAAUACCUGCAAAAUUACCGGCCAAAACACCAUCUACAGCACGAAUGGAGUGGAAGUUUUGAUGCCAGAUCUGCCCAGCAGAAUUUACAGCUGGGAAGCCAAACUCAUUGCCAACUUACGGCAAAGCCGAUUCAUUGCUUUGCCGGACGCGAUUUUGCUACAAAUCAUGCACGAGUCCGAGCUCAGCGACCUCUACAUGCUGCGACAAACGACGAGGAGCCUGAAGAGACCCCGCCGAAUUCUGUUCAAGGACGAAAUCGCCGCCCGCGCCGCGUCCGCGAACGCUCGCGCGUCGUCCUCCACGGCGAAGACUCCGACCAACACCGCCAUUAUCUCCGCCGCCUUCCAGAGCAAGAUCGACCGCCUGACGACCGACAGGACUUAUUACAAGUACCUUUCGGAGAAGAUGCACUCGAUUUUGCCAGAGGUCGGUCCGUUUGAAGUCAUCAAUUGGGGCCCUGGCCUCCAUGCCUUCGUUUACGAGAACGAGGGAUUCAUCAAUGUCCCACGCGUUGUCGCCGUGAUCCGGGCUAUUGGCGGCGCAUUGAUCGAGGACGACGAACCCCUGGGUCGUCUCCCCCUCAACCAAAUCUCGUACAAUCUUAAGAUCUCGGUUGUCACCGGAAUCUUCAAGAAGUCCGACUCGACCGCCCGCAAGGGUUGGGCCACGGUUCACGAGAACCAGCUUGUUGACGCAAUCAAGUCGCGCAGCGCUGACGACAUUUGCCUCACUGCGGGUGCCGCCUACAUGUACGCACAGGAGCACAGCUACGCUCAGCUCUUUGCUCUGGGAAAAGACGGACUCGUGGAGUACAUCAACAACAAGGAUAUCACCCUCGCGCACAUCGGCGCGAUCCUCGGCGUCGCCAACAUUGAGGGCUUCGACGACGCCGCUGAGGCAGUGCAGACAGUCAACUUGUGCCUUGGCUAA